ACCUACUUGAAUGUUACAUUUCCUGAUAAAGUUAUCUUUUCUCUUUCUAACAACGCAAACCACACGUCUCUAGCUACUUCCGUUGAGAAGUUAUUCAAGUUGCAACCAACUGCAUUGUCCUAUGAAAUGGAUAGUAGUUUCGACCAAAACUCGUGACAAGGACUGACGGAUGGUGGAGAAGAAAUGAUGUGGAAAAUUCUUACUGGGGAACGUUAAAUUCCCUUUUUAUUGUCAAAGUUUCACUUUUAGACCCAGAAAAUCUACACCGAUAAGCGUGCGCUCCUUCAUAGUUUUGAAAAAGACUACUAAACUAACACAUUAAAAUUCUCUAACUUUACUGUGUUACAUUGAUAACUGCGAUAUUAUAGGUGAACAAUCUCAAGCGUGCACUGAUGCUCGUGCUCGUUUUCAGUUAUCUCCCGUACCCAGUGAUGAAGAAAACGAUGAUGGCGAUGUAGUUAACGCGCUUAUGUCGAAUCAGAGCGAUGGUGAAUUCCCGUCUUUACAGUUCGAUGGUGGUUCAUCGGCCACCGUAACUAUGAUUGAUCAACCAAAUAAUAUAAGUCCUGAUAGUAAAUAUCCAAACGAUCAUCAGGUAACAAACGUGACAUAUGUUGUGCGAAAACAUUAUGAAAAUUUUGAAACUAUUGACUGGCUAAAGGAUUUGAUGAGAAAUCGUAUUCGUCAUCGAAUAUUAAGAAGUCAAAGACGUGAUAGUUGUCGAAAACGACUUGCAUAUUAUUAUGACGCAUGGAGUGGAUGGAUAUGUGUACUAUUAGUUGGAUUAUCAGCUGGUCUAGUAGCUGGUUUUGUUGAUAUUGGAGCAAAAUGGAUGAGUCACUGGCGGACAGGCGUAUGUACAAAAGCAUUUUGGUUAAAUAGAGAACAAUGUUGUUGGGAUUCAAAAGAUGUUCAUUUUGAUGAGGUGCACAAUGAAAUAUGUUCGCAUUGGCAUGCCUGGUCCGAUAUAUUUGGUAUGACGUAUACAACGGCAGGCGCAUGGUUUUUUAGAUAUUUUAUGUUUGUAUUUUGGUCUGUUAUAUACGCAGCAUUCAUUGUCGUAUUAGUUGUAGGCUCCGCUCCUUAUGCUAGUAGUUCAGGUAUUCCUGAAAUAAAAACAAUCUUAAGUGGUUUUAUAAUGUAUGGUUAUCUUGGUAAAUGGACAUUUCUUAUCAAAAGUAUCGGAAUGAUGUUUGCGACAAGUGCAGGACUGAUAUUAGGCAAAGAAGGACCAUUUGUGCAUAUUUCAUGUUGUUGUGGAAAUCUAUUUGCAAAAUUAUUUCCAAAAUAUGGAACAAAUGAAGCGCGUAAACGUGAAAUAUUGUCAGCUGCAGCUGCCACUGGUGUUUCAGUAGCAUUUGAUGCUCCUAUCGGUGGAAUUCUCUUUUCUCUUGAAGAAAUUAGUUACUAUUUUCCGUAUAAAACAUUAUGGCGUACAUUUUUCUGUUGUAUGGUUGGAGCCCUUGUUGUCCGUACAAUUAAUCCGUACGGGAAUGGCCAUGAAAUUCAAUUUCCAAUUGAGUAUAAUGCACCAUGGGCCACAUUUGAAGUAAUACCCUUUAUUGGUCUCGGCGCAUUGGGAGGUAUAUGGGGUGCCUUGUUCAUUAAAGCAAAUAUAGCAUGGUGUAAAAAACGAAAAAAUACACGCCUUGGCCAAUAUCCACGCACAGAAGUACUCAUUCUAACGUUGAUUACUGCCAUUAUUUGCUACCCAAAUCAAUAUUUAAGACUAACAAUGCCAGAAUUAAUUAAAAGAUUGGUGGGACAAUGUCAUGUUGAUGAUCAUAUGGAUUUAUGGUAA